AUCCAGGAAGUUCAUUCAUUUUGUUACAUUGACGUUCCGUCAAAGUAACUAGUUGUGGAACAGUGACUAUGAUGGAAAAUUAUAUAACGUAUUUAUUGUUUCGAUUAUUGAUGAUACGACAUUUGUCUAAUUUAGCCUUAUAUUAACAUGCAACAUUGGAAUAUAAGUGAACAUAUAAUGCAACCUGAUUUUAUUAGUGUACGUGGGAUCAUUGAACAUUGACUUGCACCUUAUCUACGAUAAAAUGUAAAUUUGACUUAACACACUUGAGCUUCAUACAACUUAACAUUUGCUAGUUACUACUCACUGGGAACAUGUAGACGUGUGUUACACUGAAUUCAAUCAUUUAUAGUAGAUUGUGAUAAAUCUCAGAAACUCAGACCAGAAACUAACCAGAAUAUACUAACAAAUAAAUAGUCUUUGGGCUGAAUCAUGCAAACAUUCGACAAUUCAACCGAUAUAUCAACGGAAAUGGAUGGACCCGAUUCCAUCCAGGAUGCUGUACCUUCGACUGGGGCAUUAACAGAGAGUUACAUUAACGUAACAUCACCAACAAAACUUUCAAAUCUCACACUUGUUGAUACGUUCGAAAGACAUGCACAUAAAUUUCCGAACAAGGAUGCACUUGUAGUUGCAGAUAUUGAUCUUAACAAAAGAGAAUGUCUUAGUUUUAAGGAGUGGCAUCGCCAGUCUGAUAAUUUAGCCGCCUCGCUAAUCAGGCUUGGUUUAACCAAUGGCGAUGCGGUUGCCAUGGUUAUUCCCAAUCGAAUUGAGCACCCGGUUGCAUGGAUGGCUGCAUUAAAGGCGAAUUUGGUCCCGUGUUUCCUUUCGCUGUCUAGAAAAAGCGGAGAUGACUUAAAACUCUCUUUGAAUGACUUGAAAGCUAGGGCUGUAAUCAUCCUUCGAAAAGCAGAUCACAUUGAUCGUGAAUUUAAUGAAGUCACAAGGCGAGUUUUUGAAACAGUCUGCACUUCUGAAUAUGACGCCGAUUUACCACACGUUAAAUCCGUGAUAUGCAUAGGUAAAACAAUGAAAGGAGCAUCAGAUUUUCACAAUCUAAUAAAGGAUACGGGACGGGAAGAUACAGAUGCAUUGAGCAAUCAUAAGGCCUUAAUUACAGCUGAAAGUAUUUGUGCAGUCUAUCAGACAUCAGGGACAACUGGACGGCCAAAACAUGUAGUACAUAGACAUUUUGGGAUAGUCAAUUCGUAUCGAUUUAUUGCAAAAAGGAAACGUAUCAAUGCUGAAGAUCGGUACUUUAGUGAUUUGCCAAUGUCGUGGGGAGCAGGUUUGGCAGGUCUGUUUCAUUGUAUGGUAACUGGCUAAACAACUGUCACCAUCGAUCCUAAACAUUCAGUUGCGCAAGGCGCCUCGACAAUUGAAACAAUUCUUCAGAUCGUAUCACGUGAGAAAUGUACCAGAGGUAUUCUCGCUCCAUACAUGCUUCGGGAUAUGUUAAAUGUUAUAUCAUAUGAACAUUUGCAGCUUGAUAAAUUCACGAAUGCCUGGACUGGAACACAGAGGGUGCCAUGUGACCUACUUGAAGAGGUCAAGGUCAAAUUACCGACGCUUGGUGUUACGAUGUGGUAUGGCACAACAGAGACAUCUUUCAUAUCUGGUCAAUUCUGUGAAGAUGAUGCCACUAGGGAUAUAAUUGAAGCACAGAUUGGCUCAUCGGGUUUCCCAUUGCCUUAUACCGAGGUUAAGAUCGUAACUGAUGACAACACUAUUCUACCCAUUAAUACACUGGGCAACAUCAAAGUCAAAAGCCCAAGAAUGUUUACAUGUUAUUUCGGAAAUCCAGAUGCAACGAAGGAGAAAAUUCAAAAUGGCUGGUAUGACAUUGGUGAUUUAGGCUCAAUGAACGCCGGUGGGCACAUCACAGUUCAAGGUCGAAAAAAAGAGUUCAUAAAACGAGGAACUAUUCUGGUAUCACCUAAGUCCAUCGAAGAUACCAUUUUGGCUCAUCCUGCAGUGGCGAAAGCAUUGGCUAUCGCUAUACCCGACCAACGAUUGGGACAAGGAAUCUGUGUAUGUGUUUAUUUAAAAGAUAGUCAAACGGUAUCUGAGGAUGAUUUAAUAACAUUUUGCAAAGACACGAGUAAAGAACUUAAACAAUUAGAUGGUUUAUUACCAGUUCCCAAGAAUGUCGUGAUUUUAUACAAGUGGCAUGUGUUAUCAAAUGGCAAACCCAAUGUCAGCGAAAUAAAGGACAUUGCUUUUAAAGUUUUGAAUAUCAAAGCAUGA